GCAACGUGACUUCCUGGAGCUGUCCUAUCAAAAUAAAAGCAGGGCUAACUCCCCCCACAAACAGCACUGGAAGUGGACGCCAUUUAUAAAAUGCCACGUGACUUCCUGGGAGCUUUCCUACCAGAACAAAAGCAGGGCUAACUUCUCCCACAAACAGCACCAGCGAGCAAAGACGCCGUCGCUGCUCCUGCCCUUUUUUUUAUCAAGGCUGACAUUCAAGGUUCCUGAUUGUGGAUCAGAAGAAGUUAUUUCUUUAUCCUGGUGACUGAGUUCAGCCACAGCAUUCCUCGUGUUCUUGUCACAAUAGAGCGCCAGGAUGGACUCCAGGUCUCGCAGGCUUCCCUUCUGCCUGUCAACUUCAAAGUCCUCGUACGCCUCCAGCGCCACGCCGUCCUCGUCCUCCUCACUGGGCUCCAGCAGGCUGUACAGCAGGGACACGGUGCUGAGCGAGCGCUUUCCCAGGGCAUCGGCCGCUUUUAAAGCAGACGUGGACCAGAAGAGUUCUCGCCUCUUGAGCUCGUCCAGAAACUACAACAACUCCGACUCAAACAACGGCAGCUGGAAGUUGCCGUCCUCGCUGGCGUCUUCCACUCGAUCCUACGAGCGUUCGUGGACAGACUCGCCGCUCAGCAGCAGGACUAAACCGGCUGAUUCUGAUGGGAGGUUAGGCCGCUCCGGUCUGUUGACUUCCACUGAUGAUGGGGAUUCCAAACGGGCCAAACUGGCCUACAGUAACAGAGGACUGUACUCUGGAACCUCCAGCACCUCCCAUACAGGGUCCACCUACUCCAGUAGUGGACACAACAAUGCAAGAGCAGGCAUUCAGGAAGGACCAAGUGAUCCACUGGAUUCGUCGUGGACCUACAACCGUUUCCUGUCGCGGUCCUCCACUUCUUCUUCAAAGCCGCAGUUGUCCAGCCGAGAGGCGGAGACCCAGAACGAGCCUACUUUGUCCGGUCUGCGAGAAAGGAGGACAAGGAUCUCGGAGUUGACGUCGUCGUUGUACCCCACAGGCCGCACGGCCUCCACGUACGCCCAAGGUGCUCGGCCCAAAGAGACCGCCUACUGCUCGUCCUCCUUUUCCAGCGAGCGAGAAAGCUCGCCAGGCCGUCACGUGUCCUCCGCUGCCAGUCGCUUUUCUCUCGCCCGCGACUUAAACGACAGACCCGCUCCUCGCUACCUGAACGCCUCAUCCGGCCUCGCUUCAACCUAUGAACACGCCGCAGCCACCUUGACCUCACGCCCCACCUGGCACAGCGCACCGCCCACCAGACCGGAAGCCCCGCCCCCACCGAGACCCGCCGCUGUAAGUGCGGAAGCACAAGGGCGCUACUCCACACGCCACCUUUUGUCCCGCCUCUUCUCACGCAGCUCCAGCCAGGACUCCUCCAGCAGCUCCUCAACUGUCGACGACGACACUCUGUCUGUGGACAGCGACGAGGGCGCCAGGAUGUCUGCGCUGGAGGCGGAGUCUAGAAGGUGGGAGGCCAUCACAUCCGGCAGCAACCGCCGCAGACCCGACCUCACUCCAAUACGGGAAAACAAAGACGGCGGUCUCUCCGAUGCCCGGACAUCGCAGAGCGAGGCUGACGGAGCGGCAAGUAGCAGCUACUCCUGGCUGUCGUCCUCCCUCCGUGGUCGCUGCCCUUCCCUUCUCUCCCGUCUGCGGAGGCACGCCCGCGACGACAGCACGUCCUCACCCGCCGGCGCGGAGGAGGGCCUCAGUCGUCCUCAGCACUUACUGAGAAGAUGGGACGACCUGGAGCUCCGAUCCACACAGGACGACAACAACCAAGAGGAAGAGGACGAGGAAGAGGAUGAAGUAGAGCAAGGCGCCGUUGGUUUAGAUCUCUUUGCACGUCCUCGCCGGCAGGAGGAGGACGACGACGACAAGUUACCUGAAGUGGAGGACGUUUCAGUGGGCUGGUCCCAGCGCCACAGGGUGGCUACAUUUCAAAACAACGCCAACGCUCCUCAAGGUGGCGCCGAGCGGCCAUUGGACGGCAUUCCAUCACUUAGCAGCGCCAGCAGCAAGCAAGAGAAGCUCCGCAUUAUUAAGGAAAGGCUGCUGCUGGAAGACUCUGACGAGGACGAAGGAGACUUGUGUAGAAUCUGCCAGAUGAGGGAGGAGUCCUCAUCCAACCCUUUGAUCCAACCUUGCUGCUGCACAGGAAGUCUGCAGUACGUCCACCAGGAAUGCAUCAAGAGGUGGCUUUGCUCCAAAAUUGGCUCUGGCACAAAUCUGGAGGCCAUCACAAACUGCGAGCUGUGCAAGGAGAAGCUGCGCUUGAACAUCGACAACUUUGACAUCCAGCAGCUGUACAGGACACACGUGCAGUCCGAAUAUGACGACUUCAUCAGCAGUGGUCUCUAUCUGGUAGUGCUGUUGCAUUUUUGUGAACAGAGGUUCUCUGAUGUCCUGGGGGCAGUCGAUGCAGCUGGGUUAUUUAACCUGGUGAGAAUCCUGCCUGACAACGUGGGCAUUCUGGAAAAUAUCCACCACGACAGCAGUGACGAGAGCGAAGAUGGCCGACUUUCCAUCGACUUCUCUGACCUGGACGACUACCUGGAGGACGACUGAGGAUGACGAGGAUGAAGAUGAAGAUGAGCGCUGGCUCAGGUUUGAAUGUCGGAUUUUCUCUUUGCCAAACAUCACCUCUUUAUUGGCAAUCAUCUUUCACUUCUUACUGCGUGCAAUGCAACAUUGUGUGUGCGUGCGUGCAAUGCAACAUUGUGUGUGCGUGCAAUGCAACAUUGUGUGUGCGUGCGUGCAAUGCAACAUUGUGUGUGCGUGCGUGCAAUGCAACAUUGUGUGUGCGUGCAAUGCAACAUUGUGUGUGCGUGCAAUGCAACAUUGUGUGUAUGUGCAAUGCAACAUUGUGUGUGUGAAAUGCAACAUUGUGUGUGUGAAAUGCAACUUUGUGUGUGUGAAAUGCAACUUUGUGUGUGUGAAAUGCAACAUUGUGUGUGUGCAAUGCAACAUUGUGUGUGUGAAAUGCAACAUUGUGUGUGUGAAAUGCAACUUUGUGUGUGCAAUGCAACAUUGUGUGUGUGAAAUGCAACAUUGUGUGUGUGAAAUGCAACUUUGUGUGUGUGAAAUGCAACUUUGUGUGUGUGAAAUGCAACAUUGUGUGUGUGCAAUGCAACAUUGUGUGUGUGAAAUGCAACAUUGUGUGUGUGAAAUGCAACUUUGUGUGUGAAAUGCAACAUUGUGUGUGUGCAAUGCAACAUUGUGUGUGUGCAAUGCAACAUUGUGUGUGUGAAAUGCAACAUUGUGUGUGUGAAAUGCAACUUUGUGUGUGAAAUGCAACAUUGUGUGUGUGAAAUGCAACAUUGUGUGUGUGCAAUGCAACAUUGUGUGUGUGAAAUGCAACAUUGUGUGUGUGAAAUGCAACUUUGUGUGUGAAAUGCAACUUUGUGUGUGAAAUGCAACAUUGAGACCACAAGUGCUUUAACGUGGGAACCAAUCAGAGGACAAGAUGGCUGAUUUGACCUUUUCUUUUGUCUGCUUUCUUCUCCAGCGUUUGUUUAUAAAAUGACAACAUGACUUGUUUAUAAAGUGACAACAUGACUUGUUUAUAAAGUGACAACAUGACUUGUUUGUUGUGUUGCACUUGAAAUAUGAAAAUAAGUGUAAAGUGUUAUGGGUGUCAUGAUGGGAAUAAAGAAAAUAAAUCUA